AUGAAACUGUUGAUACUGACGGCGUUUAUCGCCGCAGUAGCAUCGUCUGCUCAUAUUGAGACCGACACAUGGCCCUGGAAAGUCAACCAUGACUAUGUCUACAAUAUCAACAGCUACACCUGGGCUGCCUACGACAACAGCAAGCACAUUGGCAGCGCUUUUAGGACAUCGUUCUUUGUCCGCGUGAUUGCACCAGGUCAUCUCUUAGCUAGACUGAGCAAACCAUUGUAUGCAAAGCUUGAAGAAGAGAAAAUUUCAUUCAAUGAAAUACCUUCCGACAUCAAGUAUCAACCGAUUCAGAUCAUUGAUGAAGCUUUCGACAUCUUCGUUGACGGAGGUCGGGUGAAAUCAUUGAGUGUCCCUAAAACUCUCUCCAUCGCUCACGAAAACUUGCUUAAAGGUCUGGUCAGCGCUCUUCAAGUUGAUUUAUCCACUAAUGGCUACGUUCGGAAUUUCCCCAACAGCUACGACAAAGAGACAUCCCAAGGUCUUUUCAAGAAGAUGGAAACUGAUGUCAGUGGUGAAUGUGAGACCAUGUAUACUGUUGCACCUCUUUCUGUAGACUGGCACCACGAACUACCUAAAUCCACUUUAGAAGAAGAUCCUUUUGAGGUCAUAAAAGAGAACAACUACGGUUCAUGCAAGAAAUACGCUGCAUUCCAUUAUGGUGUACCACAAGGUGCACUCUGGCAUGGAAUUGCAACAGAAAACGAAGAAAAGCAAUUUAUCAAGCACACGACAGAAGCUCGCUAUGUCGUUGGUAAAAAAGGCACUAUUUACAAAUCAGAAACCAUAAGCUCCGUCUUCGUUAAUCCUCUUCUCUAUGGUAAGCAAAAGGCCGAAGUUUACAGUUAUGUGAAUGUCAAGCUUUCAUACGCUCAAUGGGCAAGCGACGACGAGUGGAAAAAAGCUGAAGAAGUUCGCCAAGUUGAUUCCCUAAUAUUAACAAUGACUGAAUCUAUGUUCGUCCCUAAAGCUAGUGAGCAGAGUAUCGCCAAUGCUCAAAAAUUACUGCAAGAUAUGACUCCUUUACUGCAAACACCGGAUAAAUUACCAAAAGCUGACUUCCUUUCAAAGUUCAACGUGCUUGUGCGUUUGAUAGCUUCUUUCAAUAAGGAACAGCUGAAAGAGUUGACCAGCAGCGUCGAAAUUGCUAGGUCCUCGAAGAACAUCGCUAAGGCUGGUAUGUGGACAAUUUAUAGAGACGCCGUCGCGCAAGCAGGAACCAUUCCUGCAUUUGAAAAAAUAAGGUUAUGGAUAAUGUCGAAAAAAGUACGAGGAGAAGAAGCAGCUCAGUUAAUUUCUGCUAUUGCCUCUACUCUUCGCUACCCUACGAUGGACGUCCAAACGAAAUUCUUCAAUCUUGCAACCAACCCUGAAGUUAUGAAGGAGCCAUCUUUAAAUAGUUCUGCUCUGUUAGCAGCUACUAAAUUCAUGCGAUUCAGUAAAGAACACGUGUUUGUUGAGGAAACCGUUAUUCCACAUCUUGCCAAAGAAUUGAAACAGGCUGUAGAAAUUGGAGAUUCCAAUAAAGCACAAGUUUACGUCCGAGCUCUCGGUAAUUUGAUCCAUCCGGCUGUCCUGAAAGUGUUUGCUCCUUAUUUGGACGGCAGCGUUAAAGUAUCUAAGUACCUUCGUAUUCAAAUAAUUGCUAGUCUAAAGCCGCUGGCAAAUACCAAAAACGAGAAUGUAAAAGCUGUACUUUACAGCAUUUUGGUGAAUACUGCUGAGCCUUACGAAGUGAGGGUCAUUGCUGCCUUGAAUAUUUUCAUGGCUGUUCCUAGUUCUGAGAUGAUGCAAGUGAUGGCACACAUGACGAACAUUGAUCCCAGUACACAAGUGCGAGCAGUCCUCGCCAAUGGCAUUAAUUUCGCGGCCAAAUUGAAAGAUCCUCGCUUCAGUGAUCUAGCUAAAACCGCCCAGUCCGUCAAAUACUUAGUUUCGGAAGAGAGGUUCGGAUACCGCCUAUCGACAGACAGCAUCAUCGAUGAGUACACGAGUGAUGAUGACAUCGCGUACUUCAGAGAACUAUCAUACAUCGGCAGUGAAGAUAACUACAUGCCUCUUUAUCACAGGUCGGCCUUGAGGUCCAGGGGCACUGGUGCCACUGAAGAGAGCCAGGUAACUUUAUCUGUAACUGGAGUGCAACAGUUGUUAGAGUACAUAGUAAACAUGAUGUACCAACCAGAGAAGGCCACCGUUGAUCUAAAGUUCUCAGCCAAGAAACUUGCUGAAAAGCUAAACAUUAAACCCAAAUCUUGGGAUCCACUGGAAGGCUCAAUUUUCCUUGAAAACCUAAACCAACAGAAACUUAUCACGUUUAACGAGGCAGAUCUUAAAGCCUUUAUUGUUGGGCUAAUUCAGAAUGCGGAACAGCUGUUGAAGGGUGUCGAUGUCCAGUACACUAAAAUUUUGAACCAUAAACAAACCUAUGUGGCGUUCCCUCUGGCUUCUGGUGUACCCUUCUACUUCGAGUACAAUGAACCCUUAAUACUCUCAUUUAAUGGCAAUGUGAAAUUCCAAUUCGAAAAGAAAAGCAACCAGUUUUAUGUGCACAAAAAUAUUGAUUUUACUUAUGCGAGAAAUUUGGACGGCAGUCUUGGUUUCUUAGAUAUGCUAAAAGAAGAAUACGCAGCUGUGGUGUAAUAAAUAAACUCCAACUUCACUUCCCCAUCAAUCUGAAUACAUAUGUAUUGCCUAAUCAAAUUAAAUUGAACUUCGUUUUGCCUGAACAAGACGCUACUUUAAUGCACUGGAGUGUUUGGCCAUACACCACCUGGCAAAGUGUAGAUUCUCUAUUAACAGUAUCAGAAACCUCCGCUACUAAAUAUAUUGAACGGCCUGCUAAAGUUAUAUCUGUUGAUUCGAAGAUAGGUUCCUCAGUUGGUCUUUCCUAUCAUCUUCAAGGAUAUUCUUAUUCUUCUGAUGCAAAAGAACUGAAUAAAUUAUUUGAUGCUGACUUUUUGACAAAUAUUGGUUUAUUACUGUAUCAGAAAGACGUUGCCUUAAGUGUAUUAAACUUCAAAUAUAUUGCUAAGGAGACUAAUAAUAAGGAUAUCACCUUCAACGUAUUCUAUGAUAAAUUGUAUGACCAGAAGUUUAGUGGUGAAAUGGGACCAGCGGCUGCAAUGAACGUGUCGGCUAAUAGUGAAGCUCGACGUGAAGAGAUAGUCAAACGUGCUGCCACGGGCAUUGUGUCAGCUCAAGUGGAAAUUUAUGACUUCAGUGUUGUUAUCGAUGGAAAACAAAAGGCUGAGUACGUAUUUACGACCGCUGUUGCUGACAGCUUUGUGGAUGAUAAGUACCAGGCAGCAUUUUUCAUUGAUUUCAAGCCGUUAGAUUUAGAACAAUUUAAUAUAGUUUACAAGGAAAUAAACCUAAAAUUGUUGUUCUCAAAUUCGAAGAGGCUCUCAAGAACAAGGUUAAAGUAACAUCGGAACUAGAUAUUAAAUAUGGCAGUUAUGAUAAUAUUCACUUCCAAGGAUUUGGUGAGCGAAGCAAGAAAUAUACUGAACAGUUAAAGAAUGACCCGCUGGCGAAACGAUGCCUGCAACAAAUCAGUAAAGACAACUUUUAUCAAAUGGACUGCUACAAGAUGAUCAUCAAGGCAAACGCCCCUGACUACUUCAAGUAUACUGCUUCAUAUAAGGACCUCAAACAAGAAUAUUGGAACACGACUUACAAUGCUUAUGAAAUAUUAAAGGAAUUUUAUUCUUGGAAUCACGAAGAAAAUUUCCUUAAGGUAAUUGACGAUGGUAAAAUGGAAAUCGAAGUACAAGCAUUCUACUAUGAAAAUUAUGUAAACUACGAAUUCAAGACUAAGUAUGGAGUAUUCCACUUGAAGAAUGUGGAAGCCUUGGAAUACUUCCCCUACGCUAUGGCUUACUACGCACCAAUUUCUGAUUGGGAACGCGCGUACAAUGUCUACUAUGGCUAUCAACACAUGCCGUACUGCUCUUUGGAUAGCAAUAAGGUGUGGACGUUCAGUGGCCGUAGCUACGAGUAUUACCUGACUAGUUCCUGGCACGCAGUGAUGGUCGAUGAGCACCAUGAUGACCUGGUCAUCCUUGCCAGAAGACCCAGUGAGAACCAUGCGGAAGUCUACGUGUCCUACAAGACUGAGGCCGGAGAUUACAUAGAACUAGAGAUUAAACCAUCGGCUGUUGAAGUAAAGAGUAACACCCUGAAGGUGGCUGAAGGUGCCCUGACUACAUACUGGUCGAACGUUAAGAAAAUCCCUCUAUUGCAGUACCACACUUUAGCUGAUGGUACUCAGAUAUUCUACAUCCACAACGAAGCCCUUCGCUUGGUCUAUGAUAAACAGAGACUCAUCAUCUUCACUGCUGACCACCGCAGUUCCACCUGGGGUCUCUGUGGACAGAGUACAUCCCAGAGCCGUGACGACUUCUUGACUCCUUACGGUCUGGUGACACGUCCGGAGUAUUACGGAGCCUCCUUCUCACUGGAAGGAGAAUUCAGCGAUCCUUCAACCGUGGAGCUGAAGAAGGAUGCGAAGCUGAAGGCGUACCAGCCUGUCUUUAAGUACACCAAUAUUCUCCGCUCUGAUGAUGAGUGGAGCAAGAUACAAAAGCCCGUCAAAGCGUUGUAA